CAACCCGUGUAGAACUACCACGUAGAAAUGGCCCUGUACGCGAGAGUCAGUAAACUUUUCGUGCUCAAUGUUCGAAGCAUGUUCAGCGCACCGCCCGGGUCACGGCUCCGCAUAUUGCCGAGCAGCAGCUGCUUCUUUGAUGAAGCAGUUCAGAUUAAAGUGAGCGGUUUGUCUCCUGGGAAACAGGUAGAUCUUCAGGCCACACACCAGGACGACAAAGGGGUUGUGUUCAAGGCAACUGCGACCUACACUGCAGAUGAACGUGGGGAAGUGGAUCUGAACCAUCACGCGUCCUCAGGCGGCUCCUACACCGGUGUGGAGCCCAUGGGCUUGUUCUGGUCCUUGCUUCCAGAAGCUCCACACAAGAAGCUGCUGAAGAGGGACGCGUCCAGUCCUGUGCUUAUACACAUCAAGGCUCUCAGUGAUGGCAAGGUCCUCACGGAGGAGACCAACACAAGGAGCUUCAUGCUGGAUGGGAUGCAGAGAGUCCCAGUGAAACACGGCAGAUUGCGUGGAACUCUCUUCAUACCACCUGGUGAAGGUCCGUUCCCAGGGAUUAUAGACCUGUAUACGUUAGGAGGCACCGUGUGUGAGCCGAGAGCAGCUCUCCUGGCAAACAAAGGAUUCGUGGUGUUUGCUCUGGCUUUCUACGGCUACCAGGACAUGCCCAAAACCGUGGAUAAAAUCGAUCUGGAGUACUUUGAGGAAGGUGUAAGGUUUCUGCAGACGCAGCCUAAGGUGAAAAAAUCUGGAAUAGGAAUCAUCUCAAUCUCAAAGAGUGGAGAUCUGGCUUUGUCGAUGGCCUCGUUCCUUCCCAACAUAUCAGCCACUGUCUGCAUCAACACCUGCAGUGCUAAUGUCCUCUUCCCGCUCCUUUAUAAAGACAUGAUCAUCCCAGCUUUCUCUGGCAACCAUAAGAGCGCAAAAGUGACAAGCUCCGGCAUCUUGGAUAUACGAGACAUCCUGAAUGACCCGAUGAAGGAGGAAAAGACCCGCGCUACUGUCAUCCCUAUCGAGCGUGCCAGCUGCAGCUUCCUGUUCAUCGUGUCAGGAGACGACAGGAACUGGAACAGCGGCUUUUUCGCCGAGCAGGUAUGCAAAAGGCUCAAAGCGCAUGGAAAAGCAAACUACGACCUGGUGACUUAUCCUACAGCGGGACACUUUAUGGAGGUGCCCUACAUGCCGCAUCACCCGUCCGGGCUCCAUGCCGCCGUGGGCCAAGUGGUCGCAUUUGGAGGAGAACCGAAAGCUCACGCAGCUGCACAGGUCGAUGCAUGGAAGAGAAUUCAAAACUUUCUCAAAUCCCACUUGUGAAAGUGCUUCCUAAAAUCUUUAAAGUUCAAUAUACAGUAUCUCGGGAAUAAACCCCUCCACGUCAUGCAGUUAUAGGAAAAUGAAUCAGCGAUGGUGUGAUUGUACCAUCCUGGAGUUGAUCCUCGUCCUAGAACAGCAUGUCCUGGAGAGUUUUAUUCCUCUUAAGUGAAAAUAAAUGAAUUGAGAGGAAAACACCUUUUCAUCAUUGUGCAUUAACACGUAAUGAACACUGUCAAAGUAAUUUUUGUGCGUAUUAAUUGUAGUUUUGCUCAGUGUUGAGUUUUGAUAUAGAAAUAAAACUAAUUUUUGAAAUUAUAAAGAUAAUUGGUAUUAAGUGUGUAAGUGUCUAAUCUGCAGCAUCUAGAUGAGAUUCAACACAGUGGCGACUAUUUAUUUACUUACUUACGUUUUAACUAUUUAUAGUAUAUUAAUAAAAAGUUAGCAUGUUUGUGUCACACCUUUGAGGUUGAGAUUUCUGUCUCCACUCUGUGUGGACGGAGUCUGCAUGCUCUCCCUGUGCUUCUGGGGGUUCUCCUGGGUCUCCGGUUCCUUCCCCAUCCAAAGACUCCUGUUCUAGACUGAUUGGCAUCUUUAAAUUGUCUGUAGUGUGCAAACAAGUGUGUGACUGGCACCCCGUCCAACCCGGGUGUCCUCUACUUCGUUUCCCAAGUCCCUGGGUUAGUCUCCAGGUUCCCUGUGGCCCUGUGUUAUGAUAAACAUUACAGAAAAUGGAUGGAAGAAAGAGAAAUGAUGGCAUAUGAUACAAGCUACAAGCUUUUGAGUUGCUUCUGUAAAGUACUUCUGGUGAUUAUUCCCCCGCAGCACAAUACCUUCACCUGACCUUCUGACACACAGCAUGUAGCUGAUCAGUUCAGCCUCUUUAUUUAUGACUAACCGCCAUGUUAGUUUCUUAAACAUGUUUUGUGCAUUUUGUGCAUUGAAUGUGUUUAGAAAGUGCUUUGUGUUUACAUGUAGGAUUCGAUCCCUUAAAUUACAGAUAGUAUUAUGUGUACUUUACGCCCUCUUGUGGAAGAAUCAGGAACAUCUAUGUACAUCCUCAAGGUGAAAGGUGAAACCGGUUAAGAAGUAAAGGACAGGAAAAUAAGAUCUGGAUUAUGAACAGAGAAACAAAUAAAACUGAAUCUCAUCUGGAGAA